UCCCAACGCCUUGCGCCAUCCGUCGAAUCACAUCAUCUUGUCACGCCCUCCCCUCCAGCAAAAGAACAACAUGCUCAGCAGCAAGUUCACCCUCCUCGUUCCCCUUGCCUUGGCUUCCGUGGCUGGCGCUGUCCCGCAGACUAACCCGUUCGGCAGCCUUGGCCAAAUCAUUAAUGGUCUCAGCCCCGGAUGCGUCGGCGCGAUCGGCGGCUUCGUUCUGAACCCGACGGACCCGCUCGCGUUGUGCCUCUCCUUGUCGAAUGCGCUGCAGACUUUCACCGCCGCGGGGCAGAACUCGUCGCUGGUGCCGGCAUUCAACUCGUACCUCACCCAGGACAUUUGCGGCAAGCCCGCUUGCAGCGCCGACGCGCUAGCCAAGGGCAACGCCACUCUUAACACUGCGUGCAGCGACUCGGACCGCGCGGCAAACAACGGCACCAAUGCCGCCGUCCUGUUCCAAGAGCUGCUCACCUCCUACUACCCGAUUCGCAACGCGGUGUGCAACGAGAACACUAAAUCCGGCACUAACUGCGUCGUUGAGACUAUGUACGGCAUCCAGAACGCCACCGGCCAGACGCUAUCGCUCAGCACACUGGUCGGCCUGCUGUCCGAGCCCGAGAAGGCGUUACAGCUCGAGCGGGUCCUCCUCUCCAACAACACGGUCCUGUGUACUGACUGCAACAAGGCGCUCAUCUCGUCUAUCCUUAAGACCGAGGACACUUCCUCUUCGCAAGCCAUCUCGGCCGCCUCAUCCAACUCGCCGAGCCAACUCAUCGGUGGCGUCGAGAAACAAUGUGGUGCGUCCUUCCUCAAUGGUCAGUUCCCCAACGAUACCAAGAACAGCUCCAUCACCGCAUCAAGCAGCAGCGGCAGCAACAGCAGCCAAGGUGGCUCUAAUGGCGCAAGCGUUGCAGUCAGCGGCAGCGGUGCAGCCGCCCUUUUCGGCUUCGUCGCCGCCGGUGCUGCUCUUCUGGCCUGAGCAGCCAAGUGCAAAGCGAGUAAAAGGCCUGUUCUUUCCUACGCGGAGGUCUCCUAUACCCAUCUACGUUACCGUUUGAUGGGAAAGCCGAAGCGUCCCUCGCUUUCGCUUCCUCUCGACUUAAUUGAAACGCCACAAAUGACGUUUGUACACGUGUUUAUAAGUACAGUAAUAGCGACCAUCGCAACUUUUUCUGCCAAAUUUAUAUGCAUUCAUGAGCAUCCGCUCUGGAGCCGAG